AGCACUGCAGGUCCCAAUUGAUGACAGCUAUCUGUCCACAUUCCAGAGCAGGGCCCUGGAGUGGCAGGACAUCCCCUGAGCACAUCCCUUGUUACCUACAUGUCCACGAGAAGUGCUGACUCAGAUGAAUGCUUUGUGCGUUCACAGGAGCAGGUCCUGGUUUGAUGAAGUUAUUAAUUAUACCACACGCUGCAUCUGGCAGCUUGUGCACAGUUCUGGAUACCACUUUGUCAACAGACAUACCCAUAAUUAAUUAAAAAUACUGAAAUACCACCUCCACAAGAUUCAUUGCUAAAUGCAUGGCUGUGGGACUCCCUUGGUAUUUCAUGUUUUAGGCCAGCAGUGGCUGUGAUAUUUAGGAGCUUGUACUGAGAUGAGAGCUGUAGCCCAGUGCCCCAGCAUCCCCUUCAGGCAGCCUCUCCCUGGGGCCUCAUGCAUUACUUACACAUUGUAGAUUUUGCACAGAGGGACUUUCCCACCCACACAUCCUUUUUCCUCACCUUUGCUUUACAAACACAGACUUUCCAUGGUCAUUCACUGCACUGACUCAGAGUCCCUUUGGCCUACACAGCCUGUUCAUUAAUGCAGCUCCUGCUGCAGCAUCUCCUUGCACUAAUUCUGCCUGAAGCUCCAUAGGCAAGUAUAUCUUGUGGAAGGGCUUUGCCAAGUCUGUGCUAACGCUGCCCAGGAGUCAACUGAACACUCGUUUCACCAGUAAGACAGCUUUUGUCCCUGAGUCAUUCACCUCCUCCUAAUUGGCUGGGGUAUAAACACGGCUCAGAAACAUACCUCAGAGUUGCAACAACCAGAGACAGCCAUUGUAACAGGAGUGACUAAUGACAUCAUUUCAUGUAUAUAAAUGGGAAUAGCUGUGGAGUGGCAAAGUCAGAGAUAACACCAGCUGGUUUUCAGUUCUAUGUUCAUCUCAUCCACAGCAGAGUGGCUAUUGGCCCUUAUCUUAAGAAAAAAGCUUUCUUGUCUCAACAGAAGUACCUUUUUCUUUCCUUUGGAGAAAUGAGUUCCAGAAACUCUGUGUGCUAAGUGCAGAUUGUGGCUCUUAAAACUGAGGAUCGCCUAUUGUAUUCAGCACAAAGAAUGAAACCUCAGAGAUAAGCAUUACAUUGAUUCUCACUCAUUUCAUACAUUACAACGUAAUGAGUAAAAACACUCUUAUUUCUAAUAGAAGGUAAAGAAGUUCAAAGAACUGUCCCAAGCAAUGAAGUAAUCACAAGAGCUCUUGAAAAAGAAGGCAGUAAUAGUCAUUUGUUUUGUGCAAAUUGUAAUUAGGUUGCAUAAAGUUUCGCCAGUGCAAAUGAUCUAGAAUCUGCAUCCAAACAAAUUAGGAGCUGUAGUACCAAGCAUAAACUAGAACAGAUAUCUGCAGCAGCACUUUGUGCUUCUAUUACUUCUCUCUUCUCAGGUUCAUCAGUGCCCCCUGCACCUAUUGCUGACUGCAAUACUCAUCCUGCCACCUGCAGCAGGUUCUUCUGAUAGGGACCAAAAGAAGCAGCUCUGCACUAAGUGGAGCUUACAUAACAUCUGUGGACUCCUGUUCUCAUCUUUGCUCUUGUGUUGUGAUUACUGGAUUAUAUAUUCUUGUUCUUACUGUGCAAAGUGGGCUGACCACAAGCAACUCAAUGUGUCUGCAUGACUGAACACAUCAUUUGAAUACCAAAAUACAGCACAAGCAUAUCAGCUCAGAGCUGGUAAAGGCCACCCUUCUGGCUUGCUGUUUUGCUGUGAAGACACACCCACUGGUAAGAAAGCAAAAUAUAUUCUAUGUCAAAUGUGCCUUCAGAGCAAUAAGGCACAGCACAGUGAGUAUACAAUGACUGAAAGAGACUCAAGAAGGACAAUAAACAAAAUGGUUGAGUGCUGUAACACUAAAAAGUAGGUGUCAAAGUUAUGUGUGUAUUGCAUAAAGUGUUGCAUAAAUAGUGGCAGCGUGCUCAUGCAUAUGUGGGCUUACCUUUAACUACAUCUGCAGGCUUUACAGACUUUUAAGGUACCUCUGCUGUUUCAAAUGUAUUCCUCUUCCUAGGCAGUAACUUAAACACACAGCAAAACAAAACAGAAAAGCCACUGAGAUUAAAUAAUGCAUUUUCUGACACUGCAAAAUGCUGUUUUGGAAUCAGCUCUUCCCCUCUUGCAGUAGAGGGCUCCUGCCUUCAGCUAAUCUCCUAUCUGGGCCCAACAGCCGCUGCUGCAUCCACACCCCAAGCACAGGGGUGGGAGCCCAAAGGGUGACUGUGCCUGUAGCAGAAGGAAAAGGCAGGGUGAGAAGGAAGAGCAGCUCUUUGUUUUUCUGUGAAUGUGGGGAGAAGCCACCAUCCAGCCAGCUGUGCCUUUGCUGUUCUGUAACACUGGGGGCAAAGAGCUUUGCAAGUGGGAAGCAGAGAUUAGCUGUUCAAAGUGGUGUCAUUAAUUCCCUUUCCCCUGGCACAGGAAAAAUAGGUACCAGCCCACACACCCCAGAGCCUGAAGCUCGCUGUGCCUACUGGCUUCAGCUGGAUCUAGACAGGAAUCCAGUUCAGCUGGAAAACUUCUUCCUCCCCUCCCAAUACGUCCUAUUCGUGGAUUGCAAAACAGGAAGUUUGUAUGCACGAAUAAAAGUCCCUAUCCACUCAGUUUGGCUAAGGGGUGAAAACUGGAAGGCAGCGUCCGUGGAUUUAUUAAAUGGCAUCUAAGAGAGCAGUAUUACUUCAGAGGGAUUCUGGAAUAUCAUCAUUAUGCCAUGAAUUUGUCAGCUGACUGCAGCACCAACAAGGGCGAUUAGGAAGCUGCAAUCUGGGACCAGAAUGAAUCCUGCAAACCUUUAAGCACAGUCCUUUUCUUCAUACAAUCUCAAAUAAAAAUACCAAAUGGAAUUAUAAGCUGGUAGGAUUCUUUUCCCCUCUCCCACACAUGCUUCCCCUGUAAGGCCCAAGAAAAGAUGUGGUAAUUCAUUUCAUCCUUUUAUUCAUAUCUAUUUAUAACUUUAACCAAAGCUACAGAUGGGAGCAAUUACAGUAUCAACACAUCACUAUCUUCCCAAGAUCAUUAGUUUUUCUAUUGGCAAAGCUGUACGAGAUGAAACAUUAACUGCAAAAGAUGUUCGUUACAGUUUCAUAAAGCAUCAGUCAGAGAUAUAUAGCACAGCAUCAUCACCUAUGUGAUUUUUCCAGGCAAAUGUGUGUUGUUUUCUUUUUUUUUCUCUUGACAUUUGCCAGAGUCAAAGUGAGGUUAUAAUUAAAUAGGCUGUUAAAAUUAAACCCUUAUCUUGGCUCUUGGAGAAGGUAGGCAGUAACAGACAUGGAGACGGGAUGAGCCCCUCUUAUCUCUGCCUAAGCUUUUCCUAGGAAAUCACCUCCUUGGUGCCCAGGUCCAACCUGGAGCCCCUGGCACACCCAUGCCCACCCCACACAUGAAAUGCUCUGGGCACAUGGGGACAAAGCCUGCCCUUACACUGUGCUUGGCUCUAUGGACACCCCACUCAGUGCUGGGGAACUGCAGUAUGGACCCGUCCCACGUGUUGAUGGCAGUAAGUGUGAUGUAGGGAUAAGCCUACCCAGCCCCACCCUGCACUUACAGCACGACCAAAAGAAGGUAAACAGGCAGAGAGGCAGCCUACAGCAUUGCCAUGAGCUGCUGCAAGACACGUUACCCUACUUUCCUUCCUGGCUGUGUUUCUCUGAGUGUCUUUCCAGAUGGUCAAGCAGCUCCUCAGCCACUUGGGCUGCCGGGAGGAAGAUGCCUUCCCUGGCUGCAGCUGACCAGGAGGAGCGGGCACAAAGUGCAGGGGUUGCACUGAGUACAGGAAUAGUCUUUAUAUGAGUGUAAAACACAAGGCUGUAAUUCAUUUAACAGGCUGCACUUCAACCGGUCCUCUGGGCUGUUUUCUAUCAGCCGGUAUAACCUGGAAUGUCGCUUGUGAUACAAGGUUGGUUUUGGGAAAUUCUUUAAGAUUUUGAGUUAUAUACACACGGUCACUAUGUCCCCUUUGAAUCUAAGAGAAGCUGGCUUGAUUUGGACCUGCAACAUUAUGGUAUAUUUAAUAAGAAUUGUAGAGAUGACACUGUUUUAUUACAGAUUGAUACCUGACACAGUGAUUAUACAGUUAUAGUUGAAACUCCAAGUGAGUGCUGUAAAAGUUUGUUUUAGAAAUAACAAACCAUUUAGUAUUAGGGAAAGUGCAACCUAUUCAUGAAUGUAGGAAUGCAUUUUUGCCCAUGGAGGUGGUUGAGUCACCACAUUAAACCAGGAAAUGUGGAUGCGAACAGGUGAAAGUAAAUGCAGCAACACAACAGUAUUGGUACAGUAAGUGUCUGCAGUGCCUACAUGGGGAAUCUUGGAGCCAGCAUCGGUCUAAAGCUGUUGCUUUUUUCUCUUUGUUUUGUGUUGUUUUGUCAGCACUCCCCCGGGUUGGGGAACGAACACCUACACACAGAGUCUCCUGUUGCUGUCUGGGUGUCUCUUGGGAUCUUCUGUGGUUGUAUUGCUUUCCAAUGUAUGCGGCGUCUACUGGCAAAAGCACAUUCUUUAUUUGCCUGUUUAGCUUCAGAAUGCUACUCUAAUCAGAUUAGAAGCAGAAUUCUCUUUUCUAAUUUUAUUAUAAAUCUUCUUAAUUAUAUUGUCUAUUUUUAUUUGAUAUUUAUAACAUAAACUUUAAGUAACAAGUCCUGACCUUUGCAUGCAGCAGUGGGACCAGUACUGAUGAAAGGGAUAAUUAUUUUCUUUUCAGCUAUGAUUCUUGCUUUGUGUUACUCCAUUACUAUUUUCUAUAUGAGUUCUUUCACUUACAACCACGCAACAUGGAGGAGUCAGAGUGCUACUGCCCAGUGUACAGCUCCAUUGGGCAGCACAGAACAUACAGUACAACACCAACAGCUUCCUCCUGAACACAGUUAAGACAACGAAACAAAAUGUUCAGUAUCUGAUUGGCAGAACGUGCAACACUUCAUCGUGCAGAACGAAAGCCAGUAUUUCAGUUUAGCGGUCACAAAAUGUGCUGAGGUCUUACUGAGUGGCAGCGGCAGCCUGGAGUUCACCAUUCGGCCCCUGACUGAGUGCAGGUCAGCUCUGAUAGCUGGAAGCCAGCAGUGCUGCUGGCUGGGCUCCUGGAAGGCACCCCCUCCCCAGGCAGACGCUUCUGAGUGAGUCAACUUUUCCUUCUAUUUCCACAUAGCGCACAUGUGACAUGUUUUCUUUCUGCUCCAUUUUUCUUAUGGGUUCAAAACCUAUUUCAGAGCUUCAGUUUCCUGCCUUUUGUUGCCUCCCUCCUUUCAACAGAUAUCUUUGCUUAUAUUACAAGUACAGGUGAUGCUGAGGCACUAGCACAGGUUGCCCAGAGAGGUGGCAGAUGCCCUGCCCUGGAGAAAUUCAAGGUCAGGCUGGAUGGGGCUCUGAGCACCUGAUGGAGAUGUAGAUGUCCCUGCUCAGUUGCAGGGGAAUUGGACUAGAUGGUCGUUAAGGAUCCCUUCUAACUCAAACGAUCCUUUGAUUCUAUACCAAGACCUGCCUGCAAACACAACUAAAAGCCUACGUUUUGGAGAAGAGGGCAUACUUGGAUUUAUGGCUUCCCACAUUUUCAAGUAGAGAAGGCCAUGAAACCCACAUCUAAAGUGUUGGUUGAGUUCUCUAUCCUGGAUGAGUUCUCUGUUGCUGGGACAAAAACAUCCCUAUUGACAUUAAGGACAGUUUUCAUUCAUGAGUCCAACGUGCUUUCAAUUUAUGUUGCAUUAAUAUUUAAGAACUAAUAUUUGCUGCAAGUUUCCUUUUCAAUCAGUAAUGCAAGAUAUCAAUCCCUGAAGUAGAGCGAGCUGUAGUGCACUGGACAAAACUGCUUUAUUGCUUAGAGACCAGUAGGUGGCAACCAGCCACUGCAAUGUCAAAGGUACAUGACUAGCAAGAGCUGCUUCGGUAGCAGGCGUAUUACAUGGCAGCUUGGAUAACAAAGUUUUGCCAUUCCCCAGGAGGGGAAAGCAGUACUUUAUUUCUACUCCUGCUCAUACACAUGGAAGUGGAGCAGCGAGAUACGUUUCUACAUAUCCAAUCUUGAGAAAUGUUUUGAUAAUGGUGCCAAUACACUUUCUAUGGCCGCCUACUCCCCACUGCCGAUACCAGUCAAAGAAAGAAUGAAGUCAAAUGAAGAAAAAAUCCAGAGCAGUCAGACUGUCUUAGCUGCAACAGGAGUAGCCUCAGGUUCUUAUCUUAUUAAUUAUAGUCUUUAUUCCCUUGGGUAGGAGAUAGAACUGAGUGACAGUGAUCAUAGGAAUAGAAACAGACUCCCUUUAGGAGCUGGCUGAGGCUACUGACCUCCCCAUUAAUUUAUGCUUGCUGUCUGAGCGCUCUGACAGAAAUUUUUUUAGACAUUAUCAAGUUUGAAGAAAUUCUGAUUCUACAGCACUAGAUUAGAAGUUCUUUAUUUCCUAGAGUCAUUGAAUGGCUGGGGUUGGCAGGGACCUCAAAAAUCAUCUAGUUCUAUUUCUGGGAGCCAGAACCAUAAAGGUUUGAAAAGAUCCUCUCAGCUCCUUCACAUUUACACUUUAGAAGAGAAACUUCUUCAUUACAACAGCACAGUUACUGAAAUACUUCUUUAACCUGACCAGGAUGCUCAACUAUCUGUAGUCACAGUACAUUUUAUUUUAGUAUUGAUUUAGCUGUAUUCUGUGAAGACAUUUUCAAAUAUGAUUAGUAUAGAUAAAUACGUAUGGUUGCACACAUAAGUAGUCUGUGUAGUCUGUAGUGCAGAAAGAAACCCUCGGAUCUUUAGACCUCUGAAGGAUCCUAGUGUUGCCUAAUUGUAAAACGACUGUGCUACAGAUAGUUAAACCAGUUAACAAGACAAGCACUGUCACUCAGUAGCAGUAAUCCGAAAUAUUCUGCAUUUCUGGGAUGCCUGCUUUCAACUUUUCAAGCGCUUUGCAAACCAUUAACUCAAAAUGAAUUAAUUUGCACCCUUGCAGUACAAGGAGUGUGCGUUUAUUCUUAGAACUCACACCUUUUCUAGGGAGACUUUAAAAAAGUCUUUGAUGCAGACAAAGUAACCUUUCAUUUUUCUGAAAGCCAUGCCUUGAUCAGCUGAGAAUGUUUAUGAAUGGCUUUGAGAAUUAAGGUGGGAUCCGUUUCCUUGUAAAUUCGAGUGAGUUGGUACAGCAGACCAAUGGAAAACACCUUAUCUAUGGUAUGCCUGGAAAUGCCUCAGACACUUGCAAGAUAAGACCAUCACAAUGACAAUAGGUGACCUGCUCAAGGAUGUGGUGAGGGAGAUAGGAUGGCCUUGCUCUGGCUCAAACUCCCUGUUCAGUGAUAAUGCAGGUUUUCCUGUGGAUGUGCUGGUUGUAUGGAGCCCUCACACCUAGCAGGCACAAAAAGUGCUCAGGAGCAGCUCAGGUGGGACUUCUGGGUGAACACUUUCAGACCAGGGACCUUCACUGGAUGGAGCAGUGCUGCAACCCAGACUGGUGAUCUCUACUUCUGUCCGUCUCUCUCUCCUUUUCCUCCUGUUAAAGUUGCUAAGUAACACAAAGCUUAUUUCGAUUUCCUAUAGAGUCACAUAGGUUAGCAGCACAGCUUAGAUGUAAUUGUGAGAGUGCCGAUACUCGUAAUUGUGUUACAGGAAUUCUCAUUAAAAUUGAUCGCUGUGUUUGGACCUUGAACGUCAUUUCACCUUAAUCUAACUGAGGGGAUUUGUGAAUCUGGUCGUUGCUCUCUCUCUUAAUGACUGGGACACGGCAGUUGGUGUCAGGAAUGAUUCCCAGCACACCUUAUGAAAAGGAAAAGCUUUUCUAAUGAUCUCCUUUGUCUGCUUCAGUGGUUGAGGAGGAUUAAAGAAUCAAGGUCUGCCGUGUCUAGGAAGUGCUGAGGAAGGUCCCAACCCCGUUUUCUGGUAUUCAUCACAGCAGAAGGCUGGCAGAGACCACCCGGGACAGUCCACAAUGAGGAGAAGACAAACGACAGAUUCGUCUCAUUCAUCCACAGAUCUGAGUGAAGGAGGGGAGAAAUUAGCACUGAAACAAGAGGUUGGCCUGAUUAGCGGGGUGUCAUUAAUUGCAGGAACCAUGAUAGGCUCGGGGAUCUUUAUGUCCCCUGAGUGGGUGCUGCAUCACAUGGGGAGCCCUGCCAGCAGCCUGCUCAUGUGGGCAGCAUGUGGUCUGCUGGCCACGUUUGGAGCCCUGUCUUACGCUGAGCUUGGGACCGUGAUCAAAGAGUCUGGAGGAGAAUAUAUUUACAUCUUGAGGAUUUUUGGUUCCUUUCCUGCUUUUAUUUUUGCCUACACUUCAAUCAUCCUGGUGAGACCAGCUGCGUUGGCAGCUGUCUGUCUGAGCUUUGCCGAAUACGCCGUCGCACCGUUCUACCCAGGAUGCUCAUCCCCACAGGUUGUCAUCAAAUGUACGGCUGCUGCCUGCAUCCUGGUCCUAACUAUCAUCAACUGCCUCAAUGUGAGGCUGGCCAUGUCUGUUAUGAAUAUUUUUACAGCUGCCAAACUCUUGGCGUUGCUGGUGAUCGUGGUGGGCGGAUUGGUGCUGCUUGCCAAGGGGCAGACUCAGAGCUUUCAGAAUGCUUUUCAAGGCACAAAUGCAGCCAUCGGGACGAUCGGAGUGGCAUUUUAUCAGGGGCUCUGGUCCUACGAUGGCUGGAACAACCUGAACUACGUAACUGAGGAACUGAAGAACCCUGAGGUGACCCUCCCCAGAGCGGUGAUGAUCGCUAUUCCUUUGGUUACAUGCCUGUAUUUGCUGGUAAAUGUCAGCUACUUCGCAGCCAUGACUCCAUCUGAGCUGCUGACUUCAGGAGCUGUGGCCGUUACUUGGGGGAACAAAGUCCUGGCUGGCUGGGCAUGGCUCAUCUCCCUGUCAGUGGCACUGUCUACGUUUGGUUCAUCCAAUGGCACGUUCUUUAGCGGAGGCCGCGUGUGCUACAUUGCUGCAAGGGAAGGUCAUAUGCCUGACAUCUUGUCCAUGGCCCACGUGCGAUGCCUCACGCCUUCCCCUGCGCUGCUGUUCACAUCUGCGAUGUCGUUUAUAAUGAUAAUCUCAGGAAACUUCACCAGCAUUGUGACCUAUUUCAGUUUUAUUACAUGGUUUUUCUAUGGCAUGACUAUUUCUGGUCUUCUGUAUUUAAAAAUCAAGAAACCAGACCUGCCAAGAGCUUACAAGGUCCCGAUCAUCAUUCCCAUAAUUGUGCUGAUGGCAGCCGUGUACCUGGUGUUAGCUCCAAUCAUCGACCAACCCCAGAUUGAGAUUCUCUACGUAGUCCUGUUCGUUCUCAGCGGUAUUGUCCUUUACUUCCCCCUGGUUCGCUUCAAGUGGCACCCUCGCUUCUUACAGAGGGUCACUUUGCAUCUCCAGCUGUUCCUGGAAGUUGCUCCGACCUCUAGGGAUGUGGACUGAGUUAAUGUCCUCCCAGUGUAUGGCUGCUGUCCUUCCUUGCUUAUUCCAACUCUUAGCUUUUCAAGGUUCAGAAAGCAGUCUUCUGUAAGGGAGAAUAAAUAGAAUUAAAGUGCCACCAAAACAUUUCAGCUGGAAGAGACUGAACCCAUCAUUUCUCACGAUUCCUUAAAAUCUGGGCAGUUGUUUUUCUCAUUUUCAGCUUCAACUCAGCACAUUUCCUACAGAUUCCAAAGAAAUGCGUGUUUUUCAGUUGUCCAUCUUGAGCAGAUCUAAAUUGCAUAUCUCACAUUUCAAGGCAUUGGGCAGUAGGAGAUUGACUGGGAGGCAUUAAUCCUGCAGUAUGACCUUAAGCCAUUCUUGGCAGUGCCCGUAGCUAUUUCCACCUAGCUCUGCCCACUGUGACCAUGGUGCUUCUCCACUAAAUAAAACAUGGGCACACGUGCUCACAGCAAAACAACCCUGUCUGCUCAGGUAUCCCCUCUGGGAGUGUGGUUUUCCCUUCUUCCUUCCAGCCUCAGGUGCAGUCACAACAGUCCUUUCUCUGUCUCAGAACAUACUUGUAUGGAUUUGGCCAGUUACAUUGCAUACUUCAGUAAAUUUCGGGUUGUCUUGUCUGCACGUAGUUCUUGUGGGAGAGGAGUUAUCGCUACUGUUGCAUCCUUUCUCUCUGUGCAAACAGAUUCUGCACUUUGGAUAGGCAGCCUUUAUGUAUUACCGGCUUAUGUAUGAAUAUAGGGAAGCUGAGAAGCUGCAGGUAUUGUAUUUUGCACCGACUUCAUUUUCUGUAGAUAUUACUGUAACGAGAUUUUAUUUAUGUUGCCUAGCGUUUACAGGCACGGGUGCUUGAAGUGCCAAAACAGGAUGCUGAAAGCUCACAGAUCGGCAAGGUGAUUACAAUAAAAUGGAUAUUGAAAUGCAGUGAGUCGAUGUGCUUCU